CCCGGGCUCAGUUGUCUGAGCGAGCGCGAGCCGGGAGCCGGGGCGGGCGCGGGCAGCGGCGGGCCGGCCGGGCUGUGCGGGGCGAGCGGCGGCGGCGGCGGGGGCGCUUCGGCCGGGGCGGCAGCUGGGCGCCGGCGGGAGCUAGCAGCGUCUGCAGCCGCGCCGGCCGCCCGCGCCCCGGCGCGCUCCGGCUCGGCCAUGGAGCUGCCAGCUGUUGGCGAGCACGUCUUCGCGGUGGAGAGCAUCGAGAAGAAGCGGAUCCGCAAGGGCAGAGUGGAGUAUCUGGUGAAAUGGAGAGGCUGGUCGCCCAAAUAUAACACGUGGGAACCGGAGGAGAACAUCCUGGACCCCAGGCUGCUGAUCGCCUUCCAGAACAGGGAACGGCAGGAGCAGCUGAUGGGAUAUCGGAAGAGAGGGCCGAAGCCCAAACCGCUGGUGGUGCAGGUGCCUACCUUUGCCCGUCGUUCCAAUGUCCUGACCGGACUCCAGGACUCCUCCACUGACAACCGUGCCAAGCUGGAUUUGGGCGCGCAGGGGAAGGGCCAGGGGCAUCAGUACGAGCUCAACAGCAAGAAGCACCACCAGUACCAGCCGCACAGCAAGGAGCGGGCGGGCAAGCCCCCGCCGCCGGGCAAAAGCGGCAAGUACUACUACCAGCUCAACAGCAAGAAGCACCACCCCUACCAGCCCGACCCCAAAAUGUACGACCUGCAGUACCAGGGUGGCCACAAGGAGGCGCCCAGCCCCACCUGCCCGGACCUGGGGGCCAAGAGUCACCCGCCCGACAAGUGGGCGCAAGGCGCGGGGGCCAAAGGCUACCUGGGGGCGGUGAAGCCCCUGGCCGGUGCGGCGGGUGCUCCAGGCAAAGGCUCCGAGAAGGGCCCCCCCAACGGAAUGAUGCCAGCCCCCAAAGAGGCCGUGACGGGCAACGGGAUCGGGGGCAAGAUGAAGAUAGUCAAGAACAAGAACAAGAACGGACGCAUCGUGAUCGUGAUGAGCAAAUACAUGGAGAACGGCAUGCAGGCGGUGAAGAUCAAGUCCGGCGAGGUGGCGGAGGGGGAGGCUCGCUCCCCCAGCCACAAGAAGCGGGCAGCCGACGAGCGCCACCCGCCUGCCGACAGGACUUUUAAAAAGGCGGCGGGCGCAGAGGAGAAGAAGGUGGAGGCGCCGCCCAAGAGGAGGGAGGAGGAGGUGUCCGGGGUUAGCGAUCCGCAGCCCCAGGAUGCCGGCUCCCGCAAGCUGUCCCCGACCAAGGAGGCCUUUGGAGAGCAGCCCCUGCAGCUCACCACCAAGCCCGACCUGCUUGCCUGGGACCCGGCCCGGAGCACGCACCCACCCUCACACCACCCGCACCCGCACCCCCAUCACCACCACCACCACCACCACCACCACCACGCCGUCGGCCUGAAUCUCUCCCACGUGCGCAAGCGCUGCCUCUCCGAGACCCACGGCGAGCGCGAGCCCUGCAAGAAGCGGCUGACUGCGCGCAGCAUCAGCACCCCCACCUGCCUGGGGGGCAGCCCAGCCGCUGAGCGCCCGGCCGACCUGCCACCAGCCGCCGCCCUCCCGCAGCCCGAGGUCAUCCUGCUAGACUCGGACCUGGAUGAACCUAUAGACUUGCGCUGCGUGAAGACGCGCCGCGAGGCCGGGGAGCCGCCCAGCUCCCUCCCGGUGAAGCCCGAGACACCGGCGGCGGCGGCGGUGGCGGUGGCGGUGGCAGCGGCACCCGCCGCGACGGCGGAGAAGCCUCCAGCCGAGGCCCAGGACGAACCUGCAGAGUCGCUGAGCGAGUUCAAGCCCUUCUUUGGGAAUAUAAUUAUCACCGACGUCACCGCGAACUGCCUCACCGUUACUUUCAAGGAGUACGUGACGGUGUAGCUGGAGGGCGUCGGAAGGGGAAGCGCCAUUCCCGCGGGGGGUGCGGGGAGCUGAGCACCUGGGGCCUCGGGGCGGGCUCCCCUGUCGCCAGCCCGCCAACCGCGAGACCAGGGCUGGCCCCCAGGGCGAGGACGCCCGGAGCGGAGGUAACCAUGUUCCCCCUGCGGCGGCUGUCAGACCCAGGCGGAGGCCCCUUCCACGCGGUGCCGGUGGGGCUCGCCCUCUCCUGCCCUUCCCCGCUGGAGACGGACCCCCGGAACGGACUGGGCAGCUCUGCACCCGGCCUCAGAGUUCUAGUAUUAUAUUUUAACCGUGCUAACUUGUCAAGUGCUGACUCUACUCCCGUUUGUACGUGGUGUUAUUGAAAUGUAUUGUUUGAGCUCAAAAGGCCCGAGCACCCCCCUUCGGGCUGCUAUAUAUAUAUUUAUUUGUAGGUAUUUAUAUAUUGAAAUAUAAAAACCUAGAUUUAUGGAGUUUCCUCUAGAUCAUGUUAUAUUCUAUAUCAGACAAACUAUUUUCUUUUGACCUUUCUUCCCCUCCAUCCAGCAUUUCGGUUGAUUUCAUCUUCUCCCCUCUCUUCCCCUUCCAGGAACUGCAAUACCAGUAACCUUGGUAUAUAUUUUUUGAUACUGUACACAUGGAUGUGUUGUUUCUAUGUGCAAAAAAAAAAAAAAGUUUGUUAAAAGGCUACACGAGCUCUCUAGAAACUGCUGCUACUAGAAAUGUCUAAACUAUAAGCUUCCAACUAUUACCUGCUUGAAUGUAAAUAUUAAAUGGAGAUGUUGAAGGUGCA